CUCCGAAAGCGGAGCGCGUUUCCGCAAGAGGCGGUUGAUGCGCGAGCGCUGGGGCGUUGGGCGCCUGCGCAGAGCUCCAGGCGUCUCCCUGCUAGGCCCGGGUUAGAGGGAGGUGAGCUGGCGGCGGUCCUAUGGAGCGGAAGGGUGGUCCGGACGGUGCCCCGGAGGCUGAGCGGGAGGAGGGAGAGCCCGAGGUGAAGAAGCGGAGGCUUUUGUGUGUGGAGUUUGCCUCGGUCGCGAGUUGCGACGCCGCCGUGGCUCAGUGCUACCUGGCCGAGAACGACUGGGAGAUAGAAAGAGCGCUGGACUCCUACUUCGAGCCGGCCGUGGAGGAGAGCGCUUUAAAAAGCCAUCUUGAGACCACUUGGGAGCCCGAGUUCUGUGUUGACCUAACCAAGGAAGAAACAAGUGAUUCCAUUAGUUCUAAAACCAGCACAUCUGAAAAUGUUCAGCAAGAAGAUGGCAGCAUGUUCUGUUUCAUUACCUGGAAUAUUGAUGGAUUGGACCUAAACAAUCUGCCAGAGAGGGCUCGAGGGGUGUGUUCCUAUUUAACUUUGUACAGCCCAGAUGUGGUAUUUCUACAGGAAGUUAUUCCCCCAUAUUCUGCCUACCUAAAGAAGAAAGCAAGUAGUUACGAGAUAAUUACAGGUCAUGAAAAAGGAUAUUUCACAGCUAUAAUGUUGAAGAAAUCGAGAUUGAAAUUUAAAAGCCAAGAGAUUAUUCCUUUUCCAGAUACAAAAAUGAUGAGAAACCUUUUGUGUGUGCAUGUGAGUGUGUCAGGAAAUGAACUUUGCCUUAUGACUUCUCAUUUGGAGAGCACCAGAGGGCAUGCUAAGGAACGAAUGAAUCAGUUGAAAAUAGUUUUAAAGAAAAUGCAAGAGGUUCCAGAGUCAGCUACAGUUAUAUUUGCAGGAGAUACAAAUUUAAGGGAUCAAGAAGUUACCAAAUGUGGUGGUUUACCCAACAACAUUGUGGAUGUCUGGGAGUUUUUGGGCAAACCUAAGCAUUGCCAGUAUACAUGGGAUACAGAAGUGAACUCUAAUCUUGGAAUAGCUGCUACUUGUAAGCUUCGUUUUGAUCGAAUAUUUUUUAGACCAGCAGCAGAAGGCGGCCACAUCGUUCCCCGAAGUUUGGACCUCCUUGGGUUGGAAAAGCUGCACUGUGGUAGAUUUCCUAGUGAUCACUGGGGGCUUCUGUGCAACUUAGAUGUAAUAUUGUGACUGCUUUUCAAAUACGAGUUUUAAAUGUUCGGAGCAAUUUUGUUCUGUGUUUUUGCAAAUGUAAUUGCUACCUGUGUGGAAAAGUAGUUUAAUAUGGAGGAAUUAAUAUACUGGAUCAUUGUAACAAAAGAAAAAACGCCUGUGAUUUUAUUUUGUGAAUUGUGUCCUCAGAUUUCAGAACUAAAUCUUAAUGUUUAUUUCAAUGAAAGCAUACCUGUGUUUAGAACAUGAGGCCUCUUAAUGAAAGGUCACAAAGGCUAUCAGCUAUUACAAGCUCUGGCUCGUAAGAGUGCUCACAGCUGCUGGCUGGAUCUGCAUUUAAAUAGAUUGCAGCUGUCCUACAUCAGACUUUUUGUCAGCUAACAGUGCCUAAUUGGUAAGCUAGAAAUGAACUCAUGAUUUAAAAUCCCUUAAUUUUUAAAAAAUUCAUGUUUGUAGUUAUGUCACCAACAGAGGCAAAGUUAGGCUUGAUAAUGAUUAAAAUCACUUUUAUAGAGGCAUUGGACUUUUUUUCUAAGAAAAGUAAAUGUGUAAAAAGAAUUAGCCUUUUAGUUUUGCUACUUGUAAAACUGAAUUUUUUUCAAGACGUGAAUGAGGAGCACUUCUACAUGUGCUUUAAGGAAAGAUUUUUUUCCCAUAAGAGAA